UCACAGCAGCAGAAAUGAAUGAAAAUGAGGCGAAGCUUAUCUUCAAAGACAGAAGAUGGUCACUUACUGGAAUGACCGCUCUUGUUACUGGAGGAACCAAAGGCAUAGGGUAUGCCAUAGCAGAGGAAUUAGCAGAAUUUGGAGCAAUCGUUCAUAUAUGUUCACGUAACCAAGAAGAUAUUGAUAAAUGUGUUAAAGAGUGGGAAAACAGAGGAUUUAGUGUAAGUGGGUCAGUUUGUGAUGUUCAAUUUCGCGAUCAACGUGAAAAUCUAAUGCAAACUGUUGCUUCUGUCUUUCAUGGCAAACUCAACAUCCUGAUAAACAAUGCUGGGACAAAUAUACUUACGGAUGCAACAGAUUGUCCUGCUGAAGUUUUGUCAACAAUCAUGGAUACUAAUUUCGAGUCUGCUUACCAUUUGAGCCAACUAGCACACCCACUUCUAAAAGCCUCAGGAUAUGGUACCAUAGUAAAUAUCUCCUCAAUUGCAGGCUACAAAGCUUUCCCUCAACAUGUGGUUUAUGCAGCAAGCAAAGGGGCUAUUAAUCAAAUCACAAGGAAUCUGGCAUUUGAAUGGGCAAAGGAUAAUAUUCGUGUAAAUGCAGUCGCACCUGGAACCAUAAUGACCCCACUUUUGGAAACUGUCACGAAAGAAAAUGAUGCAAAAAUAUUAAACAGCAUAUUGUCUCAACUUCCCAUGAGUCGCAUGGGGGAGCCUAAAGAGAUUUCAGCACUAGUUGCUUUUCUUUGCCUUCCUGCUGCUUCAUACAUCACUGGACAGAUUGUAUACGCAGAUGGAGGCUUCACAGUUUAAAUAAUGGCUUUUGAAUGAUUAUGUACAAUCCUCUUUAAUUAUAAAGAUUAAAAAA